GGCAGCCUAGGCUAGUGAGUUGUACUUGUACAGUUGUAUUACUUGUAUAUCUUUUCGAAAACAAGCUUUAUAAAACUAAAUCAUUUCCAAAAUGCCAGGAACAAAAUUACAGAUGAAGAUCGAAAGACAAUUGGUCGAAAAUUUAUUUGUACGAGCUGUAAUUUACUACUCUCCGCUCCAAUGCAAACUCAUUGUGGUCACUUAAUGUGUUCCUCGUGUGUUGACACAAUGCUAGGCUGAAUCACCUCCAACAUGCCAGGAACAAAAAUUACAGAUGAAGAUCGAAAGACGAUUGGUCGAAAAUUUAUUUGCACGAGCUGUAAUUUACUACUCUCCGCUCCGAUGCAGACUCAUUGUGGUCACUUGAUGUGUUCCUCGUGUGUUGACACAAUGUUAGAGAGUUCAGACCCAAGAUGUCCUGAUGAUGGUUCAGAACUAAAAAAGGAACAGGUAUUUCCUGAUACGUUCACUAGACGUGAACUACGAGCAUUGUCGUUACAUUGUUCCAACGAAGGCUGUCUUUGGUACGGCACAUAUGAUGAUUUAGAGGCUCAUUCCCAGGUGUGUGAUCAUACUCAGAUAAACUGUGUUCAUUCUAAAUGCAAGAUGAAGUUCAAACGCUCUCAUUUGGGUGAACAUUUGAAAAGCGAAUGUGACUAUCGCAGUGUGAAGUGUAAAUAUUGCCACAAAGACAUAUCAUUUGCUUCUCUUAAGGAUCAUGUUGGUACAAACUGUGAAGGUGCACCUGUGACUUGCAAGUUCUGUGAGCAAAACGUUUUGAGAAGAGACCUCGAAAGACACGAGCAAGUUGUGUGUGAAGAGAUUCCUGGGGAAUGCGAAUACCAGGCCGUCGGUUGUAAUCACGACAAGACUUUAAAACGAAGGGAACUACGCCAACAUAUGAAUGAUGGUUUGAUUGAUCAUGUCCGUCUGUUGCUUCAGUUUUCUCUUAACUGGGUAUCUCAAUUGGGGAGCUACAUCCCACGACCAGAGUUCGCCGGAAUCAUUAAAAAAAUGCGCGAUGAUAUUACCGAAGUUCGCUCAGGCUUAGCCGAAAAAUUCGUCAUGUUGGUCGGGAAAUUAACUGGGUUGGAGAGACGGAUUGAAGGUUUGGAAUCCAAUGGUGGCGGCAAUGCGAGAAUGGGUGAAGAAAUCCGUAAACUGUUGGCGAAAGAUCAAAACCUUACCACUGACAUCAAUAGUUUACGGGAACGAGUUCAAAGUUUGGAGCGAGAAUUAAGAGAGAAAGAUUCACAACUUGAAAGAGUGCGAAACCGAACGGAUCAAAUUGAUGAAUCUCUUGCUCUUAAUACAGUGAAAAUUACCGAUUUGGAGUCCCAAAGAAGACCUCAGGCUCAGCAAGAUCCAUAGCUACAAUGGUACUCUGGUUUAAAAGAUCGAAGGCUAACUUAAAAUCAAAAUAUAACUUUGAUUUUGAACAUCACCAACAACACUACAUUGUCGAAG